AUGUCUUCCUCUCCUUCUCUUCGGAAGAGAGGCGGUAAGGGGGGCACUCCAGUGCCCUCCGAGGUCUCUUCGUCUGUUCCUACAGUCCAGGGUGUCACCCCCAAGCGCUCAGAAUGGGAUUAUCGGCUGGCCAUGACCGUUCUGACCGUGCUGGCAUUCAUCACCCGCUUCUAUAAGAUCUCCUACCCCAAUGAAGUCGUCUUCGACGAAGUCCAUUUCGGAAAGUUCGCUUCCUACUACCUGCAACGCACCUACUUCUUCGAUGUCCACCCUCCCUUCGGCAAGCUUCUUUUCGCCUUUAUGGGCUGGUUGGUGGGCUAUGACGGCCACUUCUUGUUCGACAACAUCGGCGACAACUACAUUGAGCACAAGGUCCCCUACGUUGCCCUUCGUGCCAUGCCUGCGACCCUCGGCGCCCUGACAAUUCCGGUGGUCUUUUUGAUCAUGUGGGAAUCCGGCUACUCGCUCCCCGCGUGCGUCCUCGCCGCUGGUCUGGUCCUCUUCGACAACGCGCACAUUGGUGAAGAUCGAUUGAUCCUUCUGGAUGCCACUUUGGUUCUCACCAUGGCUUUGAGCAUUCUAUGCUAUGUCCGUUUCUACAAGUUGCGGCACGAACCGUUUGGCCGGAAGUGGUGGAAAUGGCUCCUUUUGACCGGCGUGUCCCUCAGCUGCGUGAUCUCCACCAAGUAUGUUGGUGUCUUCACCUUCGUCACUAUCGGUGCUGCUGUCCUGGUUGACCUGUGGAACUUGUUGGACAUUCGACGCCCGAAUGGUGCCUUGAGCAUGUUCCAGUGGGGCCAGCACUUUGCCGCCCGCGCCUUUGCUCUGAUCAUCGUGCCUCUCUUCUUCUAUCUGUUCUGGUUCCAGGUCCACUUCGCCAUUCUCACCCGUUCUGGCCCCGGAGACGAGUUCAUGACCCCAGAGUUCCAGGAGACCCUCUCGGACAACGCCCUUUCAGCGCAGUCCAUUGGUGUCCAAUAUUACGACACCAUCACGAUCCGGCACAAAGAUACCAAGGUGUUCCUCCACAGUCACUGGGAGAAAUAUCCUCUGCGCUACGAUGACGGACGUAUCUCCAGCCAAGGCCAGCAGGUGACCGGAUAUCCGUUCAACGACACCAACAACGAAUGGCAAAUCCUUCCUGGAGUUCCCCUCCCGGAUGUUGAGCCUGAGGGUGGUCACGAUGUGCGCAAUGGCGACAUCAUUCAGCUCCGUCAUGUUGGUACUGAUACCAUCCUCCUGACGCACGAUGUUGCGUCUCCCUACUACCCGACCAACCAAGAAUUCACUACUGUCUCCCAAGAAUUGGCCAACGGUGAACGCCACAACGAUACUCUUUUCGAGCUCAAAAUUGAACACGGAAAGACGAAGCAGCCAUUCAAGACUCUCUCGAGCCAUUUCAAACUCGUCCAUGUCCCGACCAGGGUCGCCAUGUGGACACACACCACUCCCUUGCCGGAAUGGGCGUUCAAGCAGGCUGAAAUUAACGGUAACAAGAAUGUUCUGCAGAGCAGCAACCUCUGGUUCGCAGAUUCGAUCGAGUCGUUGCCCGAGGACAGCCCUCGAAGAUUCAAGGAAGAACGCAAGGUCAAGCACCUGUCGUUCCUCCGCAAAUACGUGGAGCUUCAGCGGGCCAUGUUCUUCCACAACAACGCUCUCACCAGCAGCCAUCCUUAUGCCAGUGAGCCCUUCCAGUGGCCCUUCCUUCUCCGCGGUGUCAGCUUCUGGACCAAGAACGACACUCGGGAGCAGAUCUACUUUUUGGGUAACCCCAUUGGUUGGUGGAUUGCCAGCAGUCUGCUGGCGGUGUUUGCUGGCAUCAUCGGUGCUGACCAAUUGUCUCUUCGGCGCGGCAUUGAUGCCGUGGAAGAAAUCUGGGGUCUUGGCGCCCGUUCUCGCUUGUAUAAUAGCACAGCAUUCUUGUUCCUGUGCUGGGCUGCCCACUACUUCCCCUUCUGGCUCAUGGGACGCCAGCGCUUCCUGCACCACUAUCUGCCUGCCCACGUCGCGUCAUGCUUGGUGACCGGCGCUCUGGUCGAGUUUAUCUUCAAUGUUCAGCCAGUCCAAUCUCUCAAGCCGGAUGCGGACGACUCGACUGGCAAAUCGAAGGUGUCCGCUCGUCCCCGGCAUUUCAUCACUGCUGACGAGCGGAUGGGGCGCAAGUCGCUGGUUGCCGGCUGGAUCGCGUCUCUGGUGAUCCUCGCGGCUACGAUCUGGGGAUUCUGCUUCUACGCUCCCCUCACGUACGGAACUCCUGGCCUGGAUGUGGCUGGCGUAAACGCGCGCCGCUGGCUGGGCUAUGAUCUGCACUUUGCCAAGUAA